UUUUAUUAUCGUUUACGAUCCCCGGUUAAUACAGCAGCGAGACGCAACAGCGAGGGACUGGCCCUCGCAUUUGGAGCGGUAUGGAUGAGCGGUCAUGUGCGGAGUCCAGCUGAGGGCUGCGGUCACCCCCGCCAGCCCCCCGCCCCGCCGUGAGCAUGUACCGCCGGAACGGGCUCUCGGACGGCGCCAGCAUCGACUCGGCCUCCGUGAUCCAGAGCAACGCCAACUUGCAUUAAUGUCUGCAGCCAAUUGACUUUCUUUCACCAUGGAGACGACAGUAGGAAGCCACCUUCAGGGAAGCAGCAGCCUGGAAUCUCUGGAUGGGUCAGGCUUGGACUUCUCCAAGAGUUACGAUGCUGUUGUAUUUGAUGUGCUGAAGGUGACUCCUGAAGAGUUUGCUAGCCAAAUCACGUUGAUGGAUGCCCCGGUAUUCAAAGCUAUCCAGCCAGAGGAGCUGGCAAGCUGUGGAUGGAACAGGAAGGAGAAGCACAGUCUGGCACCAAAUGUGGUGGCGUUCACACGGAGGUUCAACCAGGUAAGCUUUUGGCUGGUGAGAGAAAUCUUGACUGCCCAGACGCUGAAGAUCAGAGCAGAAAUACUAAGCCAUUUUGUCAAAAUAGCCAAGAAACUGUUGGAGCUGAAUAAUCUGCACUCCAUGAUGUCAGUGGUCUCGGCCCUGCAGAGUGCUCCGAUCUUCAGGCUGAACAAGACCUGGGCGCUGAUCAGCCGGAAGGACAAAGCCACAUUCGAGAAGCUGGACUUCUUGACGUCCAAAGAAGAUAACUACACGCGCAUGAGGGACUAUAUCCGCUCCCUCAAGAUAACACCGUGCAUCCCCUACCUGGGCAUAUACCUAUUGGACAUGAUCUACAUCGACUCUGCCUAUCCCGCCUCAGAUAGCAUCAUCGAGACGGAGCAGAGGACCAAUCAGAUGAACAACCUGCUGAGGGUGAUAUCCGACCUACAGAUGUCCUGUAAAUAUGAUCACCUGGUGACCCUCCCACAUGUGCAGAAGUAUUUAAUGUCUGUGCGCUACAUCGAGGAGCUUCAGAAGUUUGUGGAGGACGACAACUUCAAGCUUUCUCUGAAGAUUGAACCUGUACACGGCUCCCCACGUAUGGCCUCAUCCAAGGAAGACCUAGCCGGUCCCUCUGAGGUGUCUGCCUCAGUGAGGUACAACUACCGGCGGCCCACCUGCCCCGACGCCUCCGUGGGGGUGCACAUUCCCACCCCUCCCCCCUCCCGCCACAGGAAGAGCCACAGUCUAGGAAACAAUAUGAUGGCGUACGGCAUGGCUGAGAGCAGGAGUGCUACGUUCCCGAAGCCCCGUCACCUGCUUGACGACAGCUUCUUGGAAGCCCAAAGCCCGGCUAGGAACGACCCUCACAGCAUCUCUGUAUCCAAUGGCAUAUCGUUAGGCAGUAGUGAAAGUUCAUUCGGCGAGGAGCUCUCCCCCGGGAUGGAAAGGGGGCGUAUGUACGCCACACUGGGCCCCAACUGGAGGGUCCCACUACGCACCUCCCCCCGGAGCCGCAGCUAUGUCUACAGCCCCUCGGGUGCCAAUUCGGGCCACGGGUUCAGCGAGGCGGGAAGUGUCGUCAUUGAAGGACCCCUGCGGAGGAAGACACUACGGAAAGAGGGCCGCAAACCCAAGUUGUCAUCAUGGACACGCUUUUGGAUCUCUCUCUCUGGCUCAACACUGACGUUCUAUGGUGCCAAGGCUUUGAGGGCUUCAGAGAGGAAACAUUACAAAUCCUCGGCCUGUAAGAAGGUGUGUGUAACAGGUUGGAUGGUGGUUCUACCAGAUGACCCGGCUAGACCAAACAUCUUCCAGCUCAAUGACCCAGACAAAGGUAAUGUUUACAAGUUCCAGACGGGAUCUAGAUUCUCCGCAAUCAUCUGGCACAAACACCUGGAGGAGGCGUGUAGGAGCAACAGACCUCAGAUACCAACCAACCUCAUGUCAUUUGAGUAGCGGACAACCAGUCAGCUUGCCUAUUGGGGAGUUAGUGCCAAGCCUAUUCACACAGAGGUCCCGAAACCUCGGACAGAAACCGUGGAAUAAAGGAAUGGAGUUGAGGAAGAGCUGAGGGGUUUACAAGUUUCAGAGACCUCAGACUGGGAAAGAGGUGUUUCCCCAUGUCUGAGAUUUCAGAUGCAGAUGCUGUUUUCCACUGGGGACACAGCCACGAACGACUUUUGCCAAGGACAAUGGUAUUCGUCCCCAACAAUGGAUAGUUUAUCAAUGAAAAAUGUUGAAAAAAUAUUUAAGCCCCUGGUUUUGUGUCAAAGCUUUUGUCGUCUUUUGGUCCGCUGCUAUAAAAAUGUGAGCAAGCACAUAUUUCUUUGGCCCAUGUUGGGUUUUGCUUAAAGGAACGGACAGAAUAAAGGCCUGUUUCUGCACAAAGACAACUGACAGUGUUGGGGACUUUGGUACGUAGAUUCAGGACCAAGGACUUGGGUUAGGCUAUGGGCCCCCUAAAUAUUUGAGCCAAUGGUUCACUGCUGUUGACUGGACAGCAUGUAAAGUAGACACUGGACUGUACUCAUCCUCUGCUUGCUUCAUGCAGCGGAAUUCACAGCAGAAGUAAUGAGUUUUCAAAAUAAGAGUAUUUGGAUAUACACAGCUCGUUACUGAAAAGACAGAGGCUUAGCAGCAACUGAACCAGCUCACACUCCGCUCUCUAAGCCCAAAAUAUUUAUUGUAGCCAAACAUUGUGUCUGCCAAUUCAAGAUACAUACUCAGAGUAGGUUGAGCAAGGAAAGCCUUCAUUGAUUCGGAUCAGAUGACAAAGUUUCAGUAAUGUCACCUUAACACAGACAAAACACAACUUCAUUGUUGAACAAGUAACAAUGUAUUGGGUCAGUUGCAAGGACAUUCAUCAUCUUUACAGCCUCAUCUAACAGAUAUUCUUGAAAUAUCAACUAGCUUAAAUGUCACUACCACCCGAUAAAGACCAACUUAGCCAACGGACAACAAGAUCUGCCAGUCCUUCAAAGUGUCAUUCUAGCAUCUUCCAGAUAGAAUUGUGGGUUUCAAAAGUAUCAGAGUAAAUUGUAAAUAUCUUUUUCAUAAUUUUAGUUGCCAAUGGGAAAUAUCAUGCUAAGCUUUUAAUUGACCCUGUGUAAGAAUGGGCAAGAGAUCCAAUUCGACAGAGGACCUCGGUCUGAGGCAUUUAACAAUUAAUCCAGGUUCCUUUCAUUUUAAGGGAAACUAAAAAGGGAUUCCAGACCAUGACCGCGAGCCAAAAGUCAUCUGACGAUUUCGAACAUUCUCUUUAAAUAUGAUUCUCAAACCUCUCUUCGGGCACCGGCACACAUUCCACGUUUUCUUUUUUUACAAAGCUAGCAUACCGAUUUGAUCUUAGUAUUUAUCAUAACCUUGAUUAGUUCAAUCAGGUGAGCUAAUUCCAGGCUCAAAUAAAAAUGCAAAAUGUCUGCCGGCCAGGUUAGAGAACCGAUGACCUACAGUAUUUCUGGGUGCUGAUGUGUUUCAAAUAUUCAAACAUACCAUCGUCUAGGCUUUUUGCUGGAAACAACUCCAUUGCUAGCUGUCAAUUGAAAAAUAUUUAAUUGUGAAGUGAUGUAAUUGCAGCUAAAGUCCCAAAUACAUCCGCUAUGAUGACACUAAAUGCCAAUCAGAAAAGUUGCAUCUUAACUGGGUCAAAAAUGCUGGUUUCACACAGAUUUGGCACAACAUAACCAUCUCUGUACAAAGUGGCUAACACAUCAAUGUACGUUUUUAUUUAAGUAAAAUGUUUAACUGUGUUCAACUACCAAAGUGUGUAUGCCGCUGCCAAUCUUUUGAGUGUUUAUUAAAUAUAAUGUAUUAUUUUUAUGAAGGACUGAACAAAGAUUUUUGGAAAAAAUAUCCCUACUGUCUCUCUAUUGUUUUUCAUAGUUCCACUUAUCUGGACCUUUAUUUUGAAAACAUUGCAAAACAUUAACUUUUCAUUGUUUGUGGUUGGUACAAUGCUGUCCAAGUUUAAAAUCGUUACUAUAUCGCAUCUACAUUGAAAUGUCCAUAAAUGUGAGUUCUGUGCCUAAAACAAAUGGAUUUACAAUUGACUUGCAUUGCUUUCAAAUAGACCUAUUUUCGUAGCUCAAUGGAAAAUACAUUUUUAUACUGUUGUCAUUAACUGUUAACUGCAUUAUUUAUUAGUAAUUUACAUGGGAAAACUGAACAUUGAAGGAUCUUGGUGUGUAACAAUGAUAUAAUGUUUUGUAAUCAAAGCAGAUUAAAGUGGAUUCGUGCCAAAAUGGCAUAACAUGAAAUUACUUUACACAUCUUCAAUCAUUGCCAAAUGAAAACCUGGUUCAAUAGCUGAAGUAUAGCCCAGCCUGUUAAACCAAAGCACACCUGAGCAGAAGUGCUCUCCAGCAGGUGGCGUUUUCUUCAUUUUGUUUACUUACCAAAUAUCAACUGCAUAUGUUGUGUAUGGAGGUCAGUAAGAGGGACAAAUUCAGUCAAGGUGAAGGGCUGAUUUGCUAUGGGAAGCUUAUUUCAUCAGAUGGAAGUUUCUUAAUGUUUGGGUUGUUAGGAGUGUACUGCUAGGACAAAGAACAGGUAACAUCACAGCAACCUCAAGAGGAAAAACAAGAUACUGGAGUUGUCCUAGUGGAAAUGUUAAACUUUCUAUGCAUAUUCAAUAGGCUAGCAUAGCAUCUCACUCACCACUGAAGACCGGCAGUCAGCAAAACACCUGAAAUUGAAAACCUUUACAUUUGUAAGAAAGUAUAUCAUUGAUCUCUAUAUUGUUAAGCUUAAAAGUUCACCAUAUUAAAAUUAUAAUUUUCGAAUGUUCUGUAUUAAGGCAAAGGUUAAAAGUUUAGCAUGUACUAAUAGCCCGAUCUGACCUCAGGGGAAUUCAUAACUUAGCAUACACGUAAAUCUGUGACAGAUUUGUAUGUUACCUUAGGGUACAUUACAACGCAUUAAUAAAUAGUGUAUAUGUUCUGAAUGAGAAAAUUUAUCAUUUUACAAUUUACUAAAAUAUGACAUGAAUUGGAUUCAGGUUUACAUAUCAAAAUACUGGGGUUAAGGUUAGGAUUGUUAGGAAUGACAGUACCCCUUAACACUAAAGGUUAGGAUUAAGGUUAGGAAUCACAGUAAAGGGGUAAAGGUUUGGGUUAAGGUAAGAAAGCAUGAACCAAAAAAUGCAAGUGAGUAGAAAAAAGUAGGUGAAGGUAAGGAGUGUUUCUAUCCAUCCACAACACACUUAAAAACAGGCACUAUUAAACUGUGUGAGCACCACUGCCCCUAGUGACCGGUCUGUAACAUAACAUCUUACCAUUUCAUCCGUCAAACCUUUAGGUAAACCAUCUUGUGUAUUUCUCUGAGACCAGCUUGAAUAGCCACAUUCUUAUGUCACAGGUGUUGCUGUAGUCCUUCCCCGAACUGUCCACAACUCGUCCAUUCAAUGUGCAUUUGUGUCCUGUGAGAUAUCUGAAAUCACCAUUUUGGUUAGCAUCACGUGCUGAAGCCAGUAUUGCUUCACUUCAACCUUAGCCUUUUGAGAUCUACUCUCAUGUCUUCUGGAACAUUUAUUUUGGUCCAGUCAGAAGAGAAAUCUGAACAGUCCAGAUUUUGUUUUCAUCAACUGCAGUGUAAAACAUAGAUGUGUAAUGAGACAUUGCAUGCAUUUUGUGUACAAAGUUCUGGUGUCAGUAGUGACUGUGAAAAAUGACAACCACUCAGUUGUAUUGCCCUGUGAAUAUUUUGCUAAGUUAUUUCUUACCUUGGCAUUGAUGUACGUUGCUGUAUUUCUCAGCCUUAAACACUGACACUGAUCAUGAAUUAAAACAGUUCUCUAAACUGA